AUGAUCAAGACCAAGGGCGCCGAUGUUGCCAUUUGCCUGGCGACGGUUGUGCUUGUCGUGGCGGCUCUGGCCCACGAGGCGGCGGCCAAGGCCGUGACCUGUGACGGUCGAACCCAACUCUUCCCUUGCAUCCACCCCAAGCCCCAGGUGCCCAUGCCCCCGUCGGUCAUGUGUUGCCAGGCGCUUAAACUGCACCAGAUAUGCCUAUGCCAAUACGCACGUGACACUUACUUGAAGAUCCUUAUCCCUGACUUGGACGAGGAUAUCAAAGCUUGUACGAUCCCUAACAGAAUUUGCCCCCUUUGA